AUGGAGAAGCUCCACUCGCAGAUCAAGGACUUGACAGAGCGCCUAGCCGAACAAGAAGCAGGUACCGAGACGAAGUUACAGCAAUUGGCACAGGACUUGUACAUCCAAUACUCACAGAAACACGAACAGAAGGUGUCUAUUCUCAAAAAGGGCUACGAGACGAAGUGGAACGGAAAAUUGAACAAUUUGGAGUUUGACAACAAGACGUUAAGGCGUGAAAUUGAAAGCCUCAAGAUCCAGAUGGAGAACGAGCGAAAUGAGAAGAACCAGCUUGUCAAACUCUGGGACCAGUUUGUGGAGAUGGAAGGCGAUGAUGACAAGACUGAGGAUUAA